AUGCUUUAUGAAGCUGAUGGCUCUGCAUUUAUUCUCCAUGGAAAGUGGCUUCAGGUAGUGCGUCGAUCGUCUGCAGCCGAAUCUAGUGUUGGUGAAGUCGUCUUGCAUGGAAUUGAUGAAGGACUACGUAUGACAGGGGAAGAUGUGGCGUCUCAUAAGUCUUUACGGGGCAAAUUCAAGUGGAAAAAGAUCAUAAAUUUCAGAAAGAAAAAUCUAUCCGGCGACACAACGUGCGCACCAUGCCCGACAAUCACCGUCGGAAAAUGGGGCCAACACAUCGCCGCCCAUCUCUACCCCUCCCCCGCCUCCGCCUCGACCGGCGGCUCCAGCUUCCCACCCGCCUCCACUCCGUCCGCCGCCACCCUGCCCGGUGUCGAUACUCAGGAACUAGAAAUCCAAGCUGCAAUUUUGGAAUCCUUGAAAACCAGUCAGACUUUACCUUCCCGGCAAAUCCAUUCCCAGCAGUCAACAUCCGCAAAUGAGGCUAUCCCUUUACCGCCCAUGUCUCCGCCUCCGUCCGGACCUCCUCAUUCCCAUUCUCCUCCGCACCACUCGCCUCCACCCAGCCCGGUGCUAAUUCAUGCAACAAGAGAAGAAGAAGAAAGAACGGAAGACGAUUCUCAAGCAACCAGAGGCUCUCUUCUUCACUCAGAGCAUCUUGCAUGUCCUUCAGACGGACCUGUCCAGGAUGCUUUCGCAGACUGCAGGUCGCAUCAGACUUUUACAGACUAUCCGCAAGGGCAUACUAGAAACACUCCAGCCCAUUCAAUCAACAACUACCAUGAAAACUUAAGUGGGGAUCAAGCUCUGUUACAUCCACAAGCUUAUGUGGCUAGACAAGAUGAUUCCAAAUUUCCAUGGGACACAUUGAUCAUAGGCUUUUCUAUUCUCUUUGCGUGUUGGAUGAAAGGGUUUUUCAGUGGGUCCGGUGGGGAUUAGAUAC